GCCGGGUGGAGGAGGCGCGCCGGCAGCGCGGCAUCCUAAUCAAUGGGCCGGGCGGCUUAGCGCGAGCGGCCACCUCGUCGGAGGAGGAGCAGUCUUCCGGCCCGCCGCAGGUCGGGUGGCUCAGCCAUGGUUCCUCGGGGCCCCUUGGCCGGCUGGAGCCCGGGACCCUGCACUGGGCGCUGAGCUCCCGAGUCGGCAGAGCGCACUGGCCGGCGGCCGUCGGGGCGCCCGCGAGGACCGUGAGGGCACCAUGCGUCCCCACCUGUCUCCGCCGCUGCAGCAGCUGCUGCUGCCGGUGCUGCUCGCUUGCGCCGCGCACUCGAUUGGAGCCCUUCCCCGCCUGUGUGAUGUGCUGCAGGUGCUGCAGGAGGAGCAAGACCAGUGUCUGCAGGAGCUUUCCAGAGAGCAGACAGGAGAGCUGGCCACAGGGCAGCCAGUGCCAGGUUGUGAGGGGAUGUGGGACAACAUGAGCUGCUGGCCCUCUUCUGUGCUGGGCCGGACUGUGGAGGUGGGGUGCCCGAGAUUCCUCCGGAUGCUCACCAACAGAAAUGGUUCCUUGUUCCGAAACUGCACACAUGAUGGCUGGUCAGAAACCUUCCCCAGGCGUGAUCUGGCCUGUGGCGUUAACGUGAACGAUUCUUCCAACGAGAAGCGGCACUCCUACCUGCUGAAGCUGAAAGUCAUGUACACCGUGGGCUACAGCUCCUCCCUGGUCAUGCUCCUGGUCGCCCUCGGCAUCCUCUGUGCUUUCCGGAGGCUCCACUGCACCCGCAACUACAUCCACAUGCACCUGUUUGUGUCCUUCAUCCUUCGCGCCGUGUCUAACUUCAUCAAGGACGCUGUGCUUUUCUCCUCGGAUGAUGUCACCUACUGCGAUGCCCACAGGGCGGGCUGCAAGCUGGUCAUGGUGUUGUUCCAGUACUGCAUCAUGGCCAACUACUCCUGGCUGCUGGUGGAAGGCCUCUACCUUCACACACUCCUCGUCAUCUCCUUCUUCUCAGAAAGAAAGUACCUCCAGGGAUUUGUGGCGCUCGGAUGGGGUUCUCCAGCCAUUUUUGUUGCUUUGUGGGCUAUCGCCAGACACUUUCUGGAAGACAUUGGGUGCUGGGACAUCAAUGCCAACACAUCCAUCUGGUGGAUCAUUCGCGGGCCUGUGAUCCUCUCCAUCCUGAUUAAUUUCCUCCUUUUCAUAAAUAUUCUAAGAAUCCUGAUGAGAAAACUUAGAACCCAAGAAACAAGAGGAAAUGAAGCCAACCAUUAUAAGCGCCUGGCCAGGUCCACACUCCUGCUGAUCCCCCUCUUUGGCAUCCACUACAUCGUCUUCGCCUUCUCCCCGGAGGACGCCAUGGAGAUCCAGCUGUUUUUUGAAUUGGCCCUUGGCUCAUUCCAGGGACUGGUGGUGGCUGUCCUCUACUGCUUCCUCAACGGGGAGGUGCAGCUGGAGGUUCAGAAGAAAUGGCAGCAGUGGCACCUCCGUGAGUUCACACUGCAUCCCGUGGCCCUAAGCUCCUCCUUCAGUAACAGCCCUAAGGCCAGCCACUUGGAGCAGAGCCAGGGUACCUGCAGGACCAGCAUGAUCUGAGAGGCGGGAGCACAGCCACCCAUGGACAGAGACCAAGACGGGUCCUGAGAAGGCUGGGCACUACUGCAGGACAGCCUGUCUUCCCAGCAGACACCCUAUGCCCUCCUUCAGCUGAAGAUACCCCUCCCCAGGCCUUGGACUCUUCAGAAGGGGCGUGGGGCACUGUGGGGCAGGACAAGGCCUGAGAUUUGGUUUGUUUGCUCUUCUGGGAAGAGUAGUUCAGGGGUCCCAGAAAGGGACAGGGAAAUAAGUGGUGCCUGGGACAAGAUUUCGUCUAUAUUUGUCCAUCCUUUUGCCUUGACACAAGAUGAGGGUGUAUCCUCUGGCCUGCUCCUAACCCCUUCCUGCAGGAGGAGGGGUCCGCCCUGGUCCUCUAGCUCAAUUAAUCAGGGAUGAAACUAGAAGGCCCAGCCAACAGGAAUUGCCCUUGGCAGCUCCGUGUGUCCCCUACUGUAACUCACCUGGUUAGUAGCUCUCACCCAAACCUUCUGGACAACAGCUAAAAUAACCUGAUAAAGUCACCAUGGAGGCCAGGGAAACCCCAGGACCCCAGUCCCUUUUACUAUCCCUCACAGGCUCUGAGGUACACACCCCUAUUUUUCCUGCUUUUUCACACAGAUGUCCUCAGCCUAAGGCAGAUGCAGCAGGAAAAGGGGCAUGAUCCCAUUUCAUAGAUGAUAGGUCCACCAAAGCCCUGACUUGCCCAAGCUACUAAGAAAAGAGGAGGCAGAAGUUCAGUCCAGGGUGUUUGACUUUAAAUGCCCAAGCUCCAAGGCUGUGUCAGUGCUCUCCCUGCUCCCAGGCAGGGAAGGACAGAAGCAGUCUGCUGCCCCACUAAGCUCCUGGGGACUUCAGUCUCAUGCUCUACUCUUGUUCUCGGUUCCUCACUCCCCCCAUGUGAGGGUGAAAGAGGACUCAAUUGUUGAACAUUUCAACAAAACAAAACCUACUCAUGUUCA